GGCGGCGGUGAGCAGAUAUCUCGGGCCGUCUGUCGACACACAAGCUCAGAGAUGCCUGCCCCCGGCAAGUGUCGCCAAGACUCUCGGCCCUCAGACAGGAUGAGGGUCUGCAACCUCCAACCCUGCCCUGUCAGAUGGUGGAUCGGGCCAUGGCAGCUGUGUCCUGUGACUUGCGGAGAGCAGGCUGUACGUCGUCGCAGUGUCAUCUGUGUCUCGGGCAGUGACGAGCUGGCUCUCCCCGACAAUGAGUGCGAGGGACAGCCUCGCCCCCGUCACAUCGAGCCUUGCCCGGACAUCCCCCUGUGUCUCCUGGACCCGACCUCUGCUCCGAACAUGCUCCUGAACUAUCGAGAGACCCUCCAACUAAAACAGUCCCCCAAGAGGUACAACAAGUGGACCGUUCUGCCCUGGAGUCAGUGUUCUGUCAGCUGUGGCAUCGGCUUCAAGAAGCGUACCAUCUUCUGCGGUUCCAUCAAGUGCGACUCUCAGACUAAACCCAUCUCUGUCAAACAGUGCUAUAGGCAUUGUCCGACCACUGACACACAGACCUUGUAAAUAAAUGUAUGUACUUUCUAACAAGUUGUAAAAAUUAAAAGUAGCCAUCAUUUUUGUACUCUG